CUGCGCCCUCCCCCCCCGCUGCUCAUCUGAACGCUGCAGGCCCCGCCUUACUCCUCUACCAUGACGGUUGCUACAGGGGACCCGGGGGACGACGCAUACGAACCGGAACUGAGCCACGAGUGCUGCGAGCGUGUAGUCAUCAACAUCUCCGGGCUGCGCUUUGAGACGCAGCUGAAAACCCUCUCCCAGUUCCCUGAAACUCUGCUGGGGGACCCCAAGAAGAGGAUGAGGUACUUUGAUCCUCUGAGGAACGAGUAUUUCUUUGACAGGAACCGGCCCAGUUUCGAUGCCAUCCUGUACUACUACCAGUCAGGAGGGAAACUGCGCAGGCCGGUUAAUGUCACUCUAGACAUCUUUUCAGAGGAGAUCCGCUUCUAUGAGCUGGGUGAGGAGGCCAUCGAGAUCUUCAGAGAGGAUGAGGGCUUCAUUAAGGAAGAAGAGCGUCCUCUCCCAGAGAAUGAGUUCCAGAGACAGGUGUGGCUGCUGUUUGAGUAUCCCGAGAGUUCCGGCGCGGCCCGUAUCAUCGCCAUCAUCAGCGUCAUGGUGAUCCUGAUCUCUAUCGUGUCCUUCUGCCUGGAGACCCUCCCCGUGUUCCGGAACGACCAUGAAGACAACAAUGUGUUCCAGCCUUUCAACAACUCCUCGUCUUCCUUCACCUCCUCCUACUUCACGGAUCCAUUCUUCAUCCUGGAGACGCUCUGCAUCAUCUGGUUCUCCUUCGAGUUCCUCGUCCGCUUCUUCGCGUGUCCUAGUAAAGCCGGGUUCUUCGGUAACAUUAUGAAUAUCAUCGAUAUUGUGGCGAUUAUUCCAUAUUUCAUCACGUUGGGCACCGAGCUGGCAGAGAAACCGGAGGACGGGCAGACGGGGCAGCAGGCCAUGUCUCUCGCCAUCCUCAGGGUCAUCCGUCUGGUCAGGGUGUUCAGGAUCUUCAAGCUGUCCAGACACUCCAAGGGGCUCCAGAUCCUGGGCCAGACCCUGAAGGCCAGCAUGCGGGAGCUUGGCCUCCUCAUCUUCUUCCUCUUCAUUGGAGUCAUCCUCUUCUCCAGCGCUGUUUACUUCGCUGAGGCCGACGAGGCGGACUCCCAGUUCAGUAGCAUCCCAGAAGCCUUCUGGUGGGCCGUGGUUUCUAUGACCACCGUAGGCUACGGCGACAUGGUGCCCACCACCAUCGGCGGGAAAAUCGUUGGAUCACUCUGCGCCAUCGCCGGCGUGCUGACCAUUGCCUUACCAGUUCCUGUCAUCGUGUCCAACUUCAACUACUUCUACCACAGGGAGACGGAGGGCGAGGAGCAGGCGCAGUACCUGAACACACCCAGCGUGCCCAAGGCCGACUCAGCAGAGGACCUGAAGAAGAGCAGCAGCAGCGGGAGUGGUUCCCCCCUCAGUAAGUCAGACUACAUGGAGAUACAGGAAGCUGCACUGAACCACAGCACUGAAGACUUCAGAGCAGAGAGCCUGAAGACAGGCAACUGCACCCUGUUGGCUAAUGCUAACACACUAGGUAAUGCUAACACUAACACGCUGGCUAACACAAACCAUGUCAACAUCACCAAGAUAAGAACGGAGGUAUAGCUGGAUUCAGACGGUAUAACACCAACUUCUUGGUUGACAGGUAACCGGAAGAAAAUAGUAGAGGAGUGGAGGACUGAGGAAAUACCCUUCCUCUCUCUGAUGUUGUUAAAGGCUUGGAGCCCCUACUGGAGCUGUCCAGACUAGAUCACUGAAACUCUGAUAGAGACCCUGCAAGGUGGACCUUAGCCCCACAUCUUACCCCCCCCCCCCAAACUGACCAGCUCCUAACUCACCCCCCCCCCCAUGUCCCUCUGUUGGGAGGUGAAGCUUCCCUGUGUUCUGUGUCUGCAUGGCAUUAGUCUGGUCUGUGUGACUGUUAAACUGUCCAGUAGGCGUCUAUAUACACUGCUCGCUACAGUAGCCCGGUAGUAGGAGAACUGCCGACUGUCACCAGACCUAAAAACUCUCAGACAGCAUAGAGGGACCACUCUGCACAAACUGCCACAAUCCCGUCAGCAGAGAUCUAGGAUCAGUUUUCCCUGAACAAGUCCUAGCCGUAACCAAUAGGAGAUAUAAGGCAAAACUGAUCUUAGAUCAGGGUCUCAUCAUCUUCUAAUUAACUAGCUCUAACUGCCAGCCGAUAGCAGCUUAUUGACCCCCCCUCUCCCACCCCGUACCCCCUGAAACUCUCUCCCACCCCGUACCCCCUGAA